AUGGACAUUAAGAAAGACCCUGAGUCGGCUUAUGCCGAAGACAAUAUCUCCUCGGCAGAAGGGCAACUCGACGUUGCGAGCGCGGCAUAUCGCCGCAUGCCAGAGUCGGUUCGCAACCUCAGUGACGAUGAGGUAAAGUCUCUCAACAAAAAGCUUGUCCGCAAGGUCGAUCUGUUUAUUCUUCCUACCAUUGGAAUCUUGUACAUUUUGAACUAUAUCGACCGUCAAAACCUGGCUGCGGCCAAGCUCCAGGGUAUCAUGGAGGAUCUGAACAUGUCCACCGAACAAUUCGCUACUGCGAUCUCCAUCCUCUUCGUUGGAUACUUGCCCUUCCAAAUUCCAAGCAAUCUUCUCAUUACAAAGAUCCCACGGCCUGGCAUGUACAUCUGCGCGGCCGUAGCAAUCUGGGGCUGCAUCUCAGCCUGCACAGCAUUGGUCAAGACAUACGGCCAACUCCUCGCAGUACGAGCCAUUCUUGGAGCCGCCGAAGCCGUAUUUUUCCCCGGCGCCAUCUACUACCUCUCAGCCUGGUACACAAAGAUGGAACUCGGCAAGCGCAUCGCCGGUCUAUACAUCGCCCAACAAGUCGGUAACGCCUUCGGUGGCCUAUUCGCAGCAGCAAUCCUUCAACUCGACGGCGUCCACAACAUCCGCGGCUGGCAAUGGCUCUUCAUCAUCGAGGGUAGCGCAACAGUCGGCAUUGGAAUGAUCUGCGCGUGCAUCAUGCCCGAGUUUCCACACAACAGCCGCAUCUUGUCGCAGACAGAGCGGGACUUUGCCGUGUGGCGAAUUGAGUCGGAGGCUGGUGCAGGAGAGGCCUCAGAGCAGGAGAGCGUAUGGAAGGGAUUCGCGAAAGCGCUCUCCGACCCGAAGUUGAUUCUCCUUAUUUUUUGCAACAUGCUCUCUCAAACUCAGGGAUCCAUCGCCAACUACUUUCCCACGCUCGUCGGCUCCCUCAACUUCUCCAAGACGGUUAGCUUGCUUCUUACUGCACCACCGUACAUUCUUGCUGGAAUAGUCUACUACGGAAUCAUGUUCUACUCUGAUCGUAAGAACACCGUCUACCCGAUUAUCCUCAUCUGCAUCGCCAUCUCAAUCGUGAUGUACAUUAUCCCAAUGGCGACGCUGAAUAUUGGCGCUCGGUAUUUCUCCAUGAUGAUCUUACCAUUCGCUUCUGUCGGACCGCAGCUGCUCCUCUAUAAGACUAUCAACCUGCAUCUCGCACGACCUGUCUCGAAGCGUGCUGCUGCCUCUGCUUUGGUUAAUGCUAUUGGUGGAACAGCAAAUAUCUGGGCUUCAUAUUUGUACUAUGGCUCGCCGCAUUUCUAUGCUGCUUUUGGAACGCUGAUGGGCGCUGCUGUCCUGUUUGGCUUUACUAUUACUGCGUAUCGCUGGCUCGUGCUCCGUGAGAACAAGCGCCUGGACUCGGGUGACCCAGUGGAAAUUGCUAAGGUUACUAAGGGUGGUGUCACUGAUGAAAUGGUCUCGCUUAACUGGCGCUAUGAAAUGUACUGA